CACAAACAACCCUCCAACCCCUUAGCCGCAGUCCGGCCUCUUCCAAUUUCAGCGGCGCCAUGAAACAACCGUUCACAUCGCCGCGGUCGGAGAAUAACUCCGGCGCCACCAGCGAAGGCUCCUCCAGUUCCAGCAGCGGCGACAGAGAUUACGCCCUGCUCGUGGCGGAGAAUGCGAUCAUGGUGUUCGGCAGGCGCGGCUGCUGCAUGUGCUACGUCAUGAAGCGGCUGUUCUUAGCCCUCGGCGCCAACCCAACCAUUUACGACGUCGAUGUGGAGGACGAGGCCGCCGUCACCAACCAGCUUUCUCGGAUUCUCAAUAGCACUGCAGAUCCCGCCGACCAGAUGCCGUCGUUUCCGGCGGUUUUCAUCGGCGGCAGGCUUUUUGGUGACCUGGACAAGGUCUUGGCAGCUCAUAUCUCCGGCGAUCUGGUGCCUCUUCUUAGAAAAGCGGGUGCCCUCUGGCUUUAAACCUUUGACUGUUUAACCUAAAGUCUCACGCUGUGUCUUCAUUUUUUCCUUUUUUUAAAUAUACGGAGUAACAAAGAGUCUUUGUGUAUCACGUACUGUAUGACUUGUAUGAACUCAACUUACACUUCCUGACUUCCAGAUCCUAUGAUUUCCAAUAAAAAUCUAAAAUAAUUGUCUAAACAGGAGUAAAUUACUCCUAAAU